AUGUCUGCAAGCUCCAUAUUUCAGAAGGCCAGCGGCAGUCGCCGCACGCGCGAUGACAGCAGAGCUCUACUAGAAGAUGAUCCGCUAAGCAUCCCGCUUGAGACUAUCAACCCAUCUCCCCACCCAGCUCAUCGGCGGCCGGAGAUAGCAUCACGGAUCCGUGAAUAUACUGGCUCAAGGCGGAGUAGAUCAUGUGAGCUCGUUAUUUACCUUGCCAUACUAGCAGGACUGUUGUUGGUAAUACUGUUACCUCGCCGAUCCCCACCCGCUCCUACUCCUGUCAAAGUUUAUGAGGGUUUGUUGCCAUGCGGCAGUUCAAGCUACUCAAUUAACAAUCACACAUGUUACCAAGGCAGUUUCUUGUGUCCGGUUAUUGAUAGAAAGCGCACAUUGAAGUGUGGUAAUGAUUGCUAUCUCCUUCACGAAUUUUCCUGCGAUAAUGGAAAGUUGGUUCAGGUCCAGACCCCGGAUCCAAGCGAAAAACCCCCAACUCAAGACACUAGUCCUGAGCCGUGUUCCCAAUUCUAUGAGCACUUGAGCGACCCUCCAUAUGAGAAUUACUUCAUUUACGAUUGUAGUGGUGCAAGCCAAGUCGUCGUAACAAGUCCGCUUGUUGGUAGUGAUUUAAAGAUCAUUAGUCCGAGACUACUCAUUGCUUGGCCGGCUGGGAACAGUGGCAUUGUGGCUUAUUUCUCGCCAGUAAAUCGUGUCAACGGAACGCUCGGCAUAGGGCUUGAGAAAAGCAACAAAAAUCGAACGUUAGGCCCGCUUGUCGGCGGUGUCACUGGUCUCUUAACUCUUAACUCAUCCGCAAUACUAGACUUGGCCAUCUUAGGGAGUAUCAGGACAAUAAGGGAGUUUAUCGAAGGUCCAAGUUCUCUUUCGCCUAAGAUUCAAGAUGCGAUCAAGAUUCAACAGUUGCCUGAUGGAGGCAUCCAGCUCAACCGCCAGUGGCUUGAUAAAACAACGGAGACAUUCUUGACAUUUCACAGCCUUAAUCAAACACCAAUUUCUAUUCGGGAUGGCCGCCCUCGCUUCAAGGAGGGUACUUAUGUCUUCAACGCGUGGUCCAAUUAUCCACAACUUGACCAAUUUGAAACGGAGGAUAUCUUUGCUUCUGGAACUAUGAUCCCGCAAAAUUCAUCGGAUAUACACUCGCUUACCUUCCUCUCUUAUAAGACAAAGUUCCUUGCUGGUGCCUGGAGAUUCCUAACGUACUUUGGGCGUGACAGUCUGAUCUCGCUUCUUCUCCUGCGGCCCAUCCUGAGCGAAGGGGACGGUGGAGCUGUGGAAGCUAUUCUAGGAGCGGCUGUUGAGCGUAUAAACUCUAAAGAUGGUAGUGUAUGUCAUGAAGAGACCAUCGGCGACUAUGCUUCGAUAUUGAACGAACAGCAAGGUAUUGACAGCACAGACCCCUUGUGCGAUUACAAGAUGAUUGAUACCGAUUUCUUCCUCCUGAUUGCUAUCAACGAAUAUUUCGUCCAUUCCGCCAUCGGAAAAACUCGCCGCGACGCAUUCUUCACUAGAAGCGCAUCAGUCCUACCCGAAAAUCGCGGGCUCAGUUAUGGAAACCUUGUAUUAGCUACUGCGGAGAAGGUCAUGAGGUUGACCGCUGACUUCGAGCAAUCUCCCGUACGGGAGAACCUCAUUCAUCUCAAUAGGGGUCAAACGGUGGGACAGUGGCGCGACAGCGGUGACGGAUUAGGUGGAGGUCGUAUACCGUACGAUGUAAACACGGCCCUAGUGCCUGCAGCACUUAGGUCAAUCGCGUCGUUGUCGAACAAUGCUUUCUUCCCUUCGCAUCACGACUGGGAAACGGCUUCCAACAAACGUGCCGUAGUUUGGGAAGACAAGACACUAUCUUUCUUCCAAAUCAAUAUUACGGCCGAAAGAGCUCAAGACCUUGUCAAGAAUUAUGUUGACGUGUCGAGAUUUCCCGGCGAUGUCAAUUUUUCCGACUUAAACUCACCGGUCGUAUUUCACGGUCUAGCCCUUGAUGGCAAAAACCAUCAACCUAUCGUCAAGGUCAUGAACACUGACGACUGCUUCCGGCUUUUUCUUCUCAACAGUACCGACCAGACCCAACUCUCCGCUUUUCUUUCUCAAGUGGCCGACAACAUACUACGCCCCUUUCCGCUCGGCCUCUCCACUGCCGUCGGACUGGUCGUUUCAAACCCGGCAUACGGAGAGGAAUCUGUAGAUAUAAAGGAAUUCACGGAGAGCGCGUAUCACGGCACGGUCGUCUGGAGUUGGCAACUUGUCAUGAUGGCUGCAGGGUUGGAGAAGCAGCUUGGGAGGUGCGAAUUCGAACAACUAGCGUUUUGUACCGACACGGCGCUACACGGCCGCGUUGUUGAAGCGUAUAAUCAUCUAUGGGACCUAAUCGAUGCCAAUGGUGAGCACUUACGCAGCGAAGUCUGGAGUUGGGUCUACAGGGAUGGCGGCUUUCAAUACACACCUCUGGGUGCCUUGCCACCCGCGGCAGGGCAGAGUCCAGUCGAAAGUGAUAUUCGGCAACUUUGGAGCCUGGCAUUCUUGGCGGUAAAGAGAAAUGAUGUGUAUACCAGGGUCUCCCAAAUCCAAGAUUCGGGGCCCCUGAAGCGGUGA